AGAAGACAAGUAUGGGAAGUGAAGGAUCGCCAUCGACACUGGAGAGCCACCGCUUACAGCGUCUUGUGCCAGUCUUACAAACCUAAAUGAAGGAAGAAGGGUAAAGAAAUACAACUGAGGAAGGAAAAGAAUGCAAGAGAUGGAACAUCAAUCCUCAACAAAACUUCUGGAGCUUCUGUUUCUUCAUGCUGCCCAUGUUCUCCAGACAUGCUGCUACCCUCGUCUGCAUUGACCUGCUGUUCACCUGCUGGCAUUUGAAUGAUCAAACAUGAUGAAGACAGAACCGUCGUCGACCACGGGGGACAAGGGCUCCUCCGGUGGCAACAGCGGGGGAAGCGGGAGCUCCAGCCUGCGCAGCGCCUCGCCGCACCGCAACGCGUACGAGGCGGGGCUGGCGGCGCUGAAGAAAGCCACCGAUCACCUCAACGGAGGCUAUGACCCCGCCUCCAAGCCGGCGCCCCUCCCCCGGCCGACCGGGAGGGGCCGUAAAUACGGCUCCAACGUUCACCGCAUCAAAAACAUGUUCAUGCAGAUGCAGUCUCCGGGCGAUGACGAAGAAGGAGACAAAAUGAUAGGGAAAGAGCAGGCCGUCAAACUGUCUUUGCCGAGAGCGUCCAGCCUCAACGAGAAUGUUGACCACAGCGCCUUGCUCAAACUGGGAGGAUCCGUUUCGGAGAGGGUGAACCGCUUUGACACCAAAGGAGACGGAGAAGGCGGAAGCUCCUCGUCGGGCUUGUCCAAACUCCAGGAAACCAGGAGGAUGUUCGAACAACGAACGUUACAGGAGAAACAAGCUGCCACCAACAGGAUUUUGCUGAAGAAGGAGCGCGCGUCUGGUUUCCAGGACAGUCGCCUGGACGUUGUAGCACGUUUUAAUGGUUCUACGGAGGCUCUGGACCGAUUGGACGACCCCCCGAUUCCCGUCCCUGUACCAACUACCGCCCCCGUUUCACUUCCUGCUCCAGUUCCAGUUCCAGUUCCUGCCACUGCGGCUUCUCUCGGGCCUGGUGAGGCCGUCAGCCCCACCGUGAGCCAGCUCAGUGCCGUGUUUGAGAAGGCUGACUUGCAAAACAACCUCUACCUCCCCAACCGUCGGUCAAGACCUGCCCCAGCGCCAAAGCCAAAGCUUCCAGCCAAAGCAGGGACCGCCAGGAGCCAGAUAAAAGCGCCUCUUCCAAGCGAGGAGGACUCCGAGGGGGUGACAGCCGGAACUGUGACCAGCCAGGGAGCGGAGACUGAAGUGAUAGAUCCACUUCCACAGAGAGGCAUAGAAGGAGAGGCGGUCAGCGAGGAGGAGAGAUGUGGACAUUCAGGAGAUCUGCUCUUCAGCUCCUUGCCGUCGUCUCUGGCGGCCACUUUAUCUUCUUCCUUUUCCGAGGCUAAGCCAGCGUCAGAGCCCCAGUCCGGGUCGACUGAAGACAGGGGCUCGAGUACGGUGGACGGGUCCGCCUCGAAGCCGCUCGCCGUGGAACAGCAUUGCUGUAUGGGGGACUCUGAUGCCGGAGCCAGGUUGGUGCAGGCGGAGGUGCACGCCACGCUUGAAAACGGACAGAAAGAGCCGCCGGUGUUUGAAGUGACACCCGCCGACUCUGAGACAAGAUGCGACGAAGAGGAGAACGACGAGGACGGCUCCAGGAAGGAGGAUUACUCCGAGGGGGAUCUGGUGGAUGUCAGCGCGUACAGCGGCCUCGGUGAGGACGACUCCGGGGGAAGCCAGCUGGACGAUGACGAGGACGAGGACGAGGACGAAGCAUAUCAACCGGAGAGCAGCUGCACGGAAAUCGCCGGCCUUCCGGAGGAGGAGGAGCCUGCGCCCGCCAAUAGAAAGAUCCGCUUCAGCACUGAGCCAAUCAUGGUAUUCACCACCUACUGUAAUGAAGACUAUGAUCGGCGCAACGACGACGUGGACCCCAUGGCCGCCUCGGCCGAGUACGAGCUGGAAAAGAGAGUGGAGAAGCUGGAUCUGUUUCCCGUUGAGCUGGAGAAAGACAGCGACGGUCUGGGAAUCAGUAUCAUCGGCAUGGGUGCAGGAGCCGACAUGGGUCUGGAGAAACUGGGCAUCUUUGUUAAGACCGUCACCGAGGGAGGAGCUGCACAGAGAGAUGAGAGGAUCCAAGUGAACGACCUGAUCGUUGAGGUUGAUGGGACGAGUUUGGUUGGUGUGACUCAGAGCUUUGCGGCCUCUGUCCUCCGCAACACAUCUGGCACUGUCAGGUUUGUGAUUGGUCGGGAAAAGCCAGGGGAGCAGAGUGAGGUGGCUCAGCUGAUCCAGCAAACUUUGGAACAGGAGCGAUGGCAGCGAGAGAUGAUGGAGCAGCGCUACAAACAGUACAUGGACGAGGAUGAGGAGACAGGAGAAUACGCCACUGACGAGGACGAGGAGAUGAGUCCCAUGUUUCCAAACUCCAUUGAGGUUUUUGACCUGGCGGAGCAGCAGGAGUCGUUGUCUCCGGUGGAGCUGGACCCUGAAAAGCUGACCCAUAAAUUCAAGGAGCUUCAGAUCAAACAUGCAGUCACACAAGCAGAAGUCCAGCUGCUCAAGAGGAAGCUGGCUCAUGCGGAGCAGGAUAAAUUGCGUUGGCGAAUGGAGCGCGCCCAGCUGGAACAAAGCAUCCGAGACAGUAAAGAGAGGAUGGAGAAACUGGAGGGGUACUGGAUGGAAGCCCAGUCCCUGUGUAAGGCGGUGGAUGAACACCUGAAGGAAACCCAGGCUCAGUACCAAACUUUAGAGAGAAAAUACAGCAAAGCCAAGAGAAUGAUUAAAGAAUAUCAGCAGAAGGAGAUUGAGUACCUGAAGAAGGAGACGGCUCAGCGUCAAGAAGGAGAGGAGAGUGAGGCCUCGCACAAAGAGGAGGCAGACAACUUGCAGGAAAAGAUCACUGACCUGGAGACCCAGGUGGAUGCCUUGAAACCCCCCAAUCCUUCCUAGAAGGGUACCUGCAGUCCAGUCCAGCACCCACGGCACGGCCAGGAAGGAGGUACUGUCCAAAACAAACUUGACAAUUGCAGCGCAGAACAUGAAGAAGAAGAAGAAGAAGAGGUGACAUGCUUUGUGUCAAUGGUCCUUGUGUGUCUUCCUGGCAACUCGCUCGGCAAUCAGCACAUUCAACAUUUACGCUUUACACCUUUUAUUUUGUCCCGCCCGCUCCUCAAAGAUUGUCACUAAGUGCUUUAUGGGGUGACACUGGACGUGAAGCGAUGCUGUGCACAGCAAACAUAUGACAAGUGCCCAUUCUGAUACAUGACAUUAACAAAAACUGGAAACAAAUGAACAAAAUGCCCCCUAGUCCACCCUCCCUAAUCCACCCGCUCUAGUCCACCCUUCCUAGUCCACCCGCCCUAGUCCACCCCUUCCUAGUCCACCCCUUCCUAGCUCGCCCUCCCUAAUCCGCCCCUUCCUAGUCCACCUCCCCGAAGGAAGGAAUCAGGUAAACAUUUGCAUUUCCCGUAUGAAAGCAUGUUUUGUAAAAACAAGUGCGAGCUUAAGCAAGGAACAAAUAAAUAUGUAAUAAUCACACACCCUUAAAAAGAUCCCCUCAUAAAAUCAUCAAUUUACUAAGUAAGAUUUCAUUUCAUUUUGAAGUGUUGGGAUACAUUUUAAAAAGUGCUGCUGUCUCCCAGGAAAAACUUCAUGUGUCACCUGACAGUUGAGGUUUGAGUGGUUGGUAAAUGUUAAGGUUUGUACAGCGGGGGUGUCCAAACUUUUCUGGUUACGUUUUGUAUAAAUAUACAUAAAUAUAUUUUUAAACAUGCUCAACAAGUUUACACUUACACCAUUCAAACCUGUCUGAAAAGGAGUAGGAAGAAGCAAAGCCGUUCUCCGUGUCUCAGGAAUGACUGAUAGUUUACUUCCUGUCUUUCAAUGUGAAUAUUUUUUUAACGCAUAGUGAAAAUUUGUAUUAUUUAUUUUUGUUUACAGUAUUAUAAUAAUAAUACUACAAAUAAUAUAAAGUUACAGUAGAUUCCUGCAGACUCAGAUUUUACGUCCCCUCACAUUCAUGCGUUUUUCCGAUUUUUUUUGUAUUUUACUUGUUUAAAAACCCGCCCAUUCGUGUUUUGCUCUUCAAAAAUCAUCACAUUUUGUCUAAUUCAGUGGUUCUUAACCUUGUUGGAGGUACUGAACCCCACCAGUUUCAUAUGCGAAUUCACCGAACCCUUCUUUAGUGAACAAUAAAAUGUUUUUUUUUUUUCAAAUUCAAGACAAAGUUAUAUGUUUUUAUAUUAUGGGGAACUAAGUAACAAAGACUUAAUUUAGAGUUUUUUGGACACUAGGGGAACAUAUUCUAAGUAACAAAGACUUAAUUUAGAGUUAUUUGGUUAGGGUUAGUUAGAGGGUUAAAGUUAAAGUACCAAUGAUUGUCACACACACACUAGGUAUGGUGAAAUUUGUCCUCUGUAUUUGACCCAUCCCCUUGUUCACCCCCUGGUUAUAGGGUUAUAAUAAGGCCAUGCCGAAUAAGGCAUUAAUUAGUACUUAAUAAUGACUAGUUAAGAGCCAAUAUGUUACUAAUUUGCAUGUUAAUAGGCAACUAAUUAAUGGUGAAUAUGUUCUCCAUACUAAAGUGUUAUCAUGUUUUUUUACUGGUGCAUAAAAUGAACCGUGCAUGAACAUCACCUUGUUCAAACAACAAAACCAACACAGUGCAUAAACUCACAACAAAUUACACACCUGCAAAUCAGUCUGACUUCUGCUAUUGCCGUAUCCGUAAUAUGGCGAUAGGGAGAAGUUUUUAUUUACACGAUGAGUCGGGUGUGUCUUGACCUCCGCCGAACCCCUGAGGCCGACUCACCGAACCCCUAGGGUUGGAUCGAACCCAGGUUAAGAACCACUGCUCUAAUUCAUUCUACCUCUGUAAUCAUUGAUAAAUAUGUGAUAAUUAGGACUGAAAUGUACAGCAUGUGUGCGUGACGUCAUCAGGCCAGGAUGGCGCCCUGUGUGGCCACGGAAGCACUAGCUGGCUUCUACAGGCGACUUUGUUACAUGCCGCACUCAAAACUCUUAGCGAGGUGAACGCAAAUUGAUUAAAGAUCGUAACUCGUUAUUGAAAUUACAACAGCCUGUGGGGCCGCGUACUAUAGCUAGCCACUUUAGCGCUAGUGGCUAGACCAGGCCUAGGCAAUUAUUUUGACUCGGGGGCCACAUUUAGAGAACAAAAUGUGUCUGGGGGCCGGUAUAUCUAUUUUUAGGAACACUAAUACAAAGCCUCACAAUAAUGUCUGAUUGAAUGCUAAAAACGUUAUGACAGACCGCCUUUAAAAACGUAAUGGAAUUUAACAUUUUUCUAUGAAGGAUAAAACACUGAAUAUUGACUAAAUAUUAACGUCACACUCCCUUUCCAUCGACAUAUUUUACAAUCAAGUGAAACGCAACAAACCGUGAAAUAUGAACGCGAAGGGUACAAAAUAAACCCACCUACAAUCUGAUACAUCACUAAGCUUUAGAACUUUGUUGUGAAAAUCUCCGUCUGUGGAAACGCUUCCAACCCACACUGCUUGGUGCCUCGUCUGAGCUGCUGUGACGUAGAUGACCAUAGUAACUAAUUAGAUGACUAUAGUAACUAAUUAGAUGACCAUAGUAACCAAUUAGAUGACCAUAGUAACCAAUUAGAUGACCAUAGUAACUAAUUAGAUGACCAUAGUAACUAAUUAGAUGACCAUGGUAACCAAUUAGAUGACCUUGGUAACCAAUUAGAUGACCAUAGUAACUAAUUAGAUGACCAUAGUAACUAAUUAGAUGACCAUAGUAACUAGUAUAUCAUCCAAAAGUGCAGAUUCCAAGCAUUGAAAUAUUUAGUAUAGUUGAAGACUUACGGUCAUUAGAAAACAUGAGUGCACAUCAUAAUGGCAGCUACACUUUACAUCUUAAACAUCGAAAAAAAUAUUUGGGAAUGUCCGGCGGGCCAGAUUGAAAAGCUUAACGGGCCGUAUGUGGCCCCCGGGCCUUAAUUUGCCCAAGUCUGGGCUAGACCGUGAAUCCGAUUCCCUUUGUUCCAUCAGUCAAUGAUGAGUGGUGACUACCUCAACAUUCCACCAUCUAUAAAGUGAACCCCACAUGUUUAGGGCUUAACCCUCAAUGUGUUUAGCUUCCUUUGCCACUUGAAGAGUGACACAAAGGGUUAUUGGAGGUGAAUCUAGUCUUAUAAUUACAAAAAUUUAUUUUAUUGCAAAUGUUGAUUUAGGGCCGCAAGAGAUUGACAUCGUCAAGCUUGCAAGAAAAUGUCAGGGGGAGGACCGAGCCGGUGUUCUGGCGAGACAUGCACCCUUAAAACUCAUGCACCUCCUGCAUCUGUGCAUGAAUCCAGGAAAAAUGCGGAAAUGUAAUUAGACAUUGAAAUAAUCUUACACACGACUACAAUAGUUACUAUAAAUAAGGCCAUACAUAUUUUUAUUUGGUCAUUUAACAGUCUUUCUUAAUCCAGCGCCCACUAGGGGGCCACCAAAAAAAAUUCCCUUUCUCAGUUGUAAUAUACUUUUCCACCACUUGUGGCAGUAAUGACAAUAUCAAACAAAAACAAAUGUUUGCUGAUGUCAUAGAGAAGUUUCUUAAGCGCAAAAAAUAUGACUUUAGUGGUGAAGCUGUAUUUUCAUUUACACUUUAAUUGUAUUGAGUUAAAAACAUUAAAUUAGUUUAUUUAUUUCAGCACAACAUAGCUGUAUGUAAAUGUAUUUAUUAGUUGUAUUUAAUUAGCACGUAUUCGUCUAAUCAGCUUGACCUAAACCUAAGCUUUAUGUGCUAAUCAAAUGACCGUCUUUGUGAUGAACACAUGCUUUCAUAUCAUAAGUAAAGUUACUAAUUCAGUGUUGGUAUUUGAGUGGGGCCCUGGGCUCCUCUGUAGUGGAUAAGUUAGGCCCCGAGGUCAAAAAGGUCAAGAACCUUUGAUUUAACAUCCAUGUUUCACACUACAAACUGUUAAAACAAUCUGAUGUAUGUUUUUUUUUAGGUCAUGGUUCCAUGUGAAGGUGUGGAAAAUCAAGCAGAAAUAAAUCAUAAUUUGUUUAGUGAAACAUGUAUUAACAUUAGAGAUGCCCGAUAACAUCGGGCUGCUGAUAUCGGCCGAUAAAUGCUUUAAAAUGUAAUAUCGGAAACUAUCGGUAUCGGUUCGGAAUUUAUCGGUAUUGGUUUCAAAAAGAAAAAUGUAUGACUUUUUAAAAUGACGCUGUGUACACGGACGUAGGGAGAAGUACAGAGCACCAAUAAACCUUGAAGGCACUGCCUUUGCGUGCCGGCCCAGUCACAUAAUAUCUACAGCUUUUCACACACACAAGUGAAUGUAAGGCAUACUUUGUCAACAGCCAUACAGGUCACACUGAGGGUGGCGGUAUAAACAACUUUAACACUGUCACAAAUAUGUGCCACACUGUGAACCCACACCAAACAAGAAUGACAAACACAUUUCGGGAGAACAUUCGCACCGUAACACAACAUAAACACAACAGAACAAAUACCCAGAACCCCUUGCAACACUAACUCUUCCGGGACGCUACAAUAUACAAUAUCAGGGAGAGGAUGUCCCAAAUUCCAAGCUGUUUUGAGGCAUGUUAAAAAAAAUAAUGCACUUUGUGACUUCAAUAAUAAAUAUGGCAGUGCCAUGUUGCCAUUUUUUUCCAUAACUUGAGUUGAUUUAUUUUGGAAAACCUUGUUACAUUGUUUAAUGCAUCCAGCGGGGCAUCACAACAAAAUUAGGCAUAAUAAUGUGUUAAUUCCACGACUGUAUAUAUCGGUAUCGGUUGAUAUCGGUAUCGGUAAUUAAGAGUUGGACAAUAUCGGCAAAAAAGCCAUUAUCGGACAUCUCUAAUUAACAUAUAUGAAAUGUUUAGUGAAACAUGUAUUAACAUAUAUGAAAUGUUUAGUGAAACAUGUAUUCACAUAUAUGAAAUGUUUAGUGAAACAUGUAUUAACAUAUAUGAAAUGACAACAUAGCAAAACAUAGUGUAACCAUUGUAUGUACCUUUAAGUUUCUUCAAUGCAAAAUUACAUUUCCGCAUUCCUUGGAUUCCUACACGUGUGCAGAUGUAGGCGGUGCACUUCAUGUCUCACCAGAACACCGGCAUAGAGUAGGGUGGCGUCUCGAUGCAUCCAACCUUUAUUAGAGUGUCAAAAACACAUUUUUAUUGGCGUCUCAAUUAUUUUUCAGCAUGCGCAGGUGGUCUGCUAACGUGCAGUAGAGUAGUGAAGGGUUAACAAGGCCCCAUGUCUAGUCGGAUCUGGCGUAGCAACUGAUGCUGUGGUCAUUUCGAGAUAUUCGACACUCCACUGCUGUCUGGAGUGGAUCGUGCACGGCCCAAAUUCGUCACGUUACAUGUGUCAGGUAAAUGAAUCCCCUUCCUACUGCAUCCCCCGCGAAUAGCAGGGAUCUACUGUAAGUAUUAUUUUGAAUUUCAAACAUUUUGUUCUAUUUUUGGAAUGUGCGAUGUGCCAAUAAAAAAUAAAAACAAGUUACGACCACACUUUGGACACCCCCCGUGUACAGCGGUAGAAUUGACAACUUAAUUAGAAACAUCUGGAACAAGUAAUGGAUUACCUGAUAACAUUUUGGAUCCACUUCAGGUGCGGUCGGUUAUGAGGAAGGCGACUAUGUUGGUGGUCCAGAUUUGAGUGUUGGUGAAAAGCCAACAGGCAAACAAGAAGUUCAUAGUCGAACAUGUUUUUUAUUUACAUUCUAUUGCUGUUUUAUUAUUACACCUGUGACUCUCAACACCCUAGGAAGGUCUUUCCAUCUUCCACCACACAAAGUAGAAUAUGGCCGUGGCAGAGUGAAUAACAAAUUCAUAUCGGUGUGUUGCUUCAAUAUCUAACCUACAGUGUAAUUAUUUCUAAAAAGUGCAGAGCAGAAACGGACAUUGUAUUGUUGUAUAAAUGAUGUUAUGUGAUCUGGCAGGAUAGAAAUGACCUUUGUAUAUAACAAACAAUAAACCAGCGAGGACCUACAUUUCAAACUUGAAUUACAGUUAGUAUACAGCAUUUACAUUUUUUACACUAAUAACCAUGUUUUCUUGUUUUUAUAUUGGACAUGUGAAUUGUUUUAUUUAUUUAUAUUAAUUUUCUUUAUUUUAUUUUAUUAAAACAAAAUACUGGGACUCUUUCAAAUUGGAGGAAAAAAAUAAGACUUACAGUUUGUAUACAGCAUUGAAAA